GUUUGUGCCUCAGCUGCGAAGAUUCUUCACAUACGUUUGACUCUAAGGAAAAUUUUGCAGCACUUUCUAAUGAGGGAAAAGUCCAUUUUCCCCAGAAUAAAUUACGCUAAACCAAUUUUCAAACUGACAAAUGAUUAAUGAGAAAUAGCAAUGGUUGAAACAGGCAGAGAGUAUAUUCUGCAGUGGCCUGGUCAUGCAGCAAGUAUCACGGAGAGAUUCAGUGGCCUCCUGGCACGUCAGGCACUCGUUGAUGUUACAUUAUUAUGCCAGAAUCAGGAAUUACGUGUUCACAAACUUGUCCUUGCAUCCUGCAGUCUCUACUUCGAGGAAAUGUUGGAACAAGACCUGGGUCAGGAGCCCACGAUAAUUCUGAAUGAUCUAGAUUUCAAUAUUCUCAAGGCUAUGAUUGAAUUUAUGUAUUGCGGGGAAACGACCAUAGCCCACUGUCAUUUGCAGUCGCUCCUCAAUGCUGCUCAAGUAUUCAGAGUGAAACAUCUUGAGUCAUUGGUCACUUCCAUGCUGGACGUAUCCCUUCCCCUGGACGGGGAUCCUCACAGCCCACAAGAGCCUGCAAUUGAAGAGGAAGUCUCAAAUCUCCACUUCAAUAGUUUCACCGAUACUCAAUCUCCAGAGUACGACGCAGAGAAUUUAUCAUCUACAUAUAUAUUCGAAGAACCAACCAGCUGUGAUUCACCCCCCGAGCUUGAGAAUGUACGUGAAUUAGACGAGGAACUGGGAAUGUGCUCCAACUCCUCCCCAUCGCCGCAAUUGCCACAAGAUGAUGAAAAUCAUCAGCAUAAUGUGCUUGAAAAGAGCCCCGAGGAUCAGUCUGAUUCACCAGGAGUAAUUGGGGAAUGUUCACGUGUAUAUACUCACAAAAAACGAACAUCUAUGGACGACAGAAGAUCCCAGUUCCUCCCUUUAAAUUUUUCUCAACUCCACGAGUCUUUGCCGACCGAUUGCAUUGAUCUAUCCUACGACAAAAGCUGUGAUAUUUCCCCCGUUACCUUUUCCCCUGUCGAUCUAGAGGCUGAGUAUAUGUUCAAUCUGAACACCGAGACUAUUCAGUCUAUGUCUCAUCCCCAAAAUUGCUCAAUAACAGAUAAACACAGAAGUAUUUACGACGAUGUAGAUAUCCAAAGAUUGGCUGCCCCUAGCAACAAUAAUAUUCGAAAAAUUAAAGAGCUAUUUUCCGAUCAAAAUCAAUGCAACAAUAUCGUCACCACACCUGUAUUAAGACGAAGCGUCAGGUUGAAUCAAUUGGAGAAUGAUGAUACGGUUAACAAUAACAGCGAGAGCCUUAUCUGUCAAAAGACGAAAGACUGCAAGAAACAACCAUUGAAGAAGUUGAAAAAAUUCAGCAAGAUUAAAUCCAUAAAAUUGAAUGGAAAAAGUAAAGAUUCUGAUUCGAGAAUAUCCGAUGAAAAUAGGAAGCACGUGAUCAAUGCGAGAUCACUGAGGAGUAGUCGAAAAAUAGUGACGAAGAAUUCUAGUAAAUUUUCUCUGUCGAGAGAAGAACAGAAGGGUAAAAAUACCAAGCUGAAGGGAGGAAAAAUUGAGGAGUCCUUGGACAAUGGCGAUUACGUUCCAGUGAAGCUGAAUACGAUAGCGUCUGUCGAUCGUUCCCUUUGGGGGGACAUGUCAGAUUUGCUGGAUAGUUGCCAGAAUAAUGCUGUUGUACCUGACUACUCCAAGAGCAAGGAGAUCCCCUUUGCUGUUGGUCUACUCCCUCUUAGAGCUGCUUUAGAAAGAAUGCAAGCUAUUCCUGAUUAUCAGCCGAGGAAGACGAGGUCCUCUGUUACACCGUACAAAGCUGACCCUUCUGGACUCAAGAGGAAAGCAAAUGGUGACAUUGAGCCUGCAGUAAUUAGUAAGAAACAGUGCAGCCCGGAGAGAAGUAUCAGCGAGUCCGACACUGUUUGCCAUAUUCAAAUACACACAUCUCCCCAAUGCUCGGAGAGUAGCGAAAUUGUGGAAGCCAAACAAAUUAUUCCGGUUGAACCAACGUCGGAUAAACGAUGACACAGAAAAUCGUUUAAAUUGAUGGCUUGCAUUAUUUAUUUAUUUGAAGAUCGUUCCUAUAAUCCGUUUUGUAUUUUUUUUUUUGAUGAUUUUUCGGGCGCCAGAGACCACGAGCAUUGGAAUUCGUACUAGAAGAAUGAAACAAGUACGAAGAUGCAAGGUAAUUUUGCAGUGAAAUAGUGAAUAUGAAAGAAUCAGUUAUUAUUUUUCUCGGAAUCAUAUUUUUUUAUACCUUAUGAAGUGAGGGGUAGCAAAAUUUUUAUAAAGAUCUUUUCAACAGAGUCGUUGACAUCCAUAAUAAAAGAAUAAUAACAUGUUUUCGAGGGACUCAUGUUUGUAGAAAAACAAAUUGCAAGUGAAAAAUUAUCGAGGGUAAAACUAUUGUUAUAAUGUUUGUUCCAAAAAUUCAUCGAUUGCUUAAAAAAAUGGCUAUUUCUGUCCAAAGAGAAAUCUCAUUUCUGUAUUACCAUUUCGUUUGUGGAAAAUGUUCGUUUCGUGAAAAGCGAGGAAGAUAUGUGUAAGUAUUUUAAUCCUGAAGAGACACCAUUUUGUAGAAUGAUUCGCUUCGAUUAAAAUACUUCGCUGCUAGAUGCAGAGCAAUUAUAAGUCUAAAUUGAAAAAUUUGCAUCUUGGUAAUUAUCACCUUGCGAUUUAUACGUAGAAAUUUUCAAAACAUUCAUUUUCAUCACGUUGAAACGAGGGGAAAGUUUAUUUUUCGUACAAUUUUUUGAAAUCGCCUACGCGUAUAAUGGUGAAGAAAACAUGAACAAAUAAUCGCUCAAAUCCAGUGUUGCCAGGGAUUUUGUGGGAUUGGAGAAGAGGAGACGAGGGCGAUUAUAAAGCUGAAAUGCUUUUAGAACUUCAAUAGUCGUCUCCCCUUUUCAUUCGUAACAAAAUCUAUUAUGUAUGUAGGUAUGUCAAUGUAAAUAAUUGUCAUCCAUGGUUGCUAUAUCAUAAUUAUUGGUUCUCAUCAUCAUACUGAUAUUGAUCCAUGAAAUUCUAUACAUUAUUUUGUUUAUAAGAGGAUAUGUUAUAUUGAGCAAGAAGAUUGUGAUUCUAGAUUUAAAUAUAAUAAUCCUGAUCUUUUUGUGUAAUUACGGUUAUUUUUAACUAUCUAGAACAAAAUGACGUAUAUACUUCGUUAAUAAAAUUUGCGGGGUGAAGAACAUAUUUUUUCAGAUAAAAUAAAAUUUCUAUAAACAUGA